GAAGCUGUUGUAUUUAUUGAAGGAUAUACAAUUAUUAUUCCUCUUUCAACCACCAAACAGCGAAGGAGUUUUAGCUCCGUUAAAAGACAAUUGGUAGGUCAAAACAGUACAAUUUGUUCAAAGAAUUGUCAAAUUAAGAAAACCGCGUAUCUCUCGGGGACUACAUGUACAUAUUAAAGUAGACUUAGCAAUCCUGCAUCAUUUUAUGGAUAUGUGUAGCCGUGAGCUGAUUUGUUCGCUGGGGAAGCCACUUUAGUUAGCGCCUGUCGCCGGCACUCCAAAUUACUCGACGCGUUCCGCACACCACUACACGCUUGAGCCAGUUCGGAAGAAUCCACUUGAAAGUGUGUUCCGUUUGCGAACUACCGACAUUCGACGAAUAAGCUGCUAAAGUGAAGGUGGUAUUAGAAGCGCUGCAACUAUUUUCUAUCUGUAAACAUUAGAAGCUACAUCUUCGAGCCGAUUAAACGUUGUAAGACGUAACAAAACAAAUCGCUAACGGAUGCAAACAUGCCGACCUUCCUGAAGUGCGACCUGUGCGACAAGUUUUGCCUUGCCGUGGGUGACAACGAUCAGAACCGCCGGCACAAGGCCCGCUGCACUAGCGCGCAGGUGCAGGAGAUAGACAAGGUGUUUUCGCGCAAGAAAACGUGCGACAUCUGCUUGGAGGUGGUGCUGGAAAAGAAUCCACCCGCUGAGCGCCGGUUUGGCAUACUGCCCAAAUGUAAGCACACGUUCUGCGUAAGCUGUAUCAAAACCUGGCGCAGUACGACCGAGUACCCCGACACUGUUCGGAAGGGAUGCCCGAUCUGUCGCGUACAUUCGAGCUUUUUCUUUCCCUGCAAAGUUUGGGCGGAGGACGAGCAGGAGAAGAAGCGCCUGUACGCAAUUCACAGAUCGUUUCUCAAAAAGAUAGACUGCAAGCGCUACAACCGAGGUGCCGGUGCGUGUCCGUUUGGUGAGCGAUGUCAUUUCCGGCAUGCGCGAGCUGCUGAAGUAACGAUUUGCUUAUAAAGACAGCCGUAGAAGACACAAGCCAUGAUAGUUCAGUGGCAGGGAACUUCUCUGGCCUUGGAAAAGGAUGUUAGAGUUUUAGCACGUUAGAAAUUCUAGAGUGAAUUAAUAUACGAUAUGCGUUUGCGUUAUCGAUCAUUACCAUUCGUUUGCUUUUCGGUAGGCUAGGUAACAAAUUCUACGAAAGGUUGGAAUUUUAAUUUUACACAUACUGUUUUACACAUACUGAAAGCGGAACAAUUACUCAAUUGAUGAUUAUUUAAUCAGCUAACUAAACUGGUGUAAUAGCUACGUAAUAGCUGAACAGUUUCGAGCGGUUGCAUUCGGGUCAACACCAUUCACACGCGAUAGUAGCCUCGUUUUUCAUGAACUCUUUCUAACAAUAAAACAUUAAACAUAUAGGAUUAAGUUUAGUACUGUCGAGAUUUUGCGUUCUGUUCAAUCUAGGCAUGGGACAAUUGUGCGAGACCUAUGCCGCACACUCAGUUCAUUAUAGUGUGCGGUUGAUCGCCGCACGCGAAAAAGUGAACGGGUAGGUCUUCCGCACGCAUACAGAACUAACUGAAAUGUGCUCUGAAAGAGAUGCAAGAUAACUGUCGGUGUCAUAGACUGAACGAAAAAAAACAUUCGUUUUGGGUCGGCAGAAUUUGUCACACACAACGACACAAGAAGAUCGAUCGCACUUUGCGCAAGAAAGAAUGCACAUAUUGCUAGCGUGGUCAGAUUGAUCAAUCGCACACAGCCGCACAAAAAGAACUCCUGCCGCACACAGACCCCAUUCUGAGUGAGAAAGAACACUCAUAGCCGAUGGGUCAUUCGCACACAGCCGCACGCGUGUUCAGUUGGGUCUGUCGCACACUACCGCACAAAAAGAACUCUUGUCGCACACUGCCGCACGCGCGUUCUGUUAGUUCGGUCGCUCACUGCUGCACGCGUAUUCAGUGGGGUCAGUCGCACACUACCGCACGAAAAGAGCUCUUAUCGCACACUGCCGCACGCGCGUUCAGUUAGUUCAGUCGCACACUGCCGCACUCGUAUUCAGUGGGGUCAGUCGCACACUACCGCACAAAAAGAGCUCUUGUCGCACACUGUCGCAC